GUCGUGAUUCAGCAUUCAGCAGUGCGGUUUGGAGAAGUUUCGGAGAAUAGGCGCCACGCUACUACGAAGAAUACGUAGCUUGAUUAAUUGCGGCGACGUAAGGUAUUUCAGUAACGUGCUGCUACCCAGCAGAGGGAGUGGGCUUCAACAAGACAACUAAUCCGCACAACACCACCAAUUCGCCCAUCAUGUCGUCCGACUACAGCUACGACGAGCAUGGCACGUUCUACCCUUUCUUUCUCUUCACAAUCACUGCCGUCGUCACCCUGCCGCUCACUUACAGCCUCCUGCGACCGAGCACAGAUGCCGCCGCACUCGCCCCCCGGAUAAAGAGCGACUACAGGUCGGAGCACCACGAGGUCGUCGAUGCGCAACGCGCUUCCCAGAGGCGCAAGCAGCGCAAGGUCAAGCGCGCCAUUGCCGUCCUUUUCGGCUGGGCCUUCAUGGGCCUCAACCUCUACCUUGUCCUGACGACUCAGGCCACUGUCGCCAAGAUAUGGAAUCCUUACGACAUUCUCGGAAUACCCGACGACUAUAAUGAGAAGCAGAUCAAGUCUCACUACAAGAGAUUGUCCCUCAAAUUCCACCCUGACAAGAUCAGACCGGACCCCGCCAAGAACGAGACCAUCGAGUCCCUCAACGACUACUACGUCGACCUCACCAAGGCCUACCAGGCACUCACCGAUGAGGAAGUCCGCAACAACUACAUCCAGUAUGGCCACCCUGACGGCAAGCAAGGUUUCAGCAUUGGUAUCGCCCUGCCCAAGUUCAUUGUAUCUGACGGGAAUGGCAAAUACAUCAUCCUCGUCUACGGACUCCUGCUGGGCGUUCUACUCCCAUGGAUGGUCGGCUCAUGGUGGUACGGCACGCAGCGAAUGUCCAAGGAGGGCGUCCUUAUCGAAAGCGCCGGUCGCCUGUUCCGCGAAUACGAGGACAGUGAUGAGGAGGGCCGUCUGAUCUCAGCUCUAAGCACCGGCAAGGAGUUUGAGGAGAGGCUGAAGGGCCACACCGCCGACUCUGGCUUGUCAAAGAUUGAAUCAAGGGUUCAGGCUGCCGGUGUUCUCUCUGCCAAGGAUCAAGAGAAGCUCGAGAGUCUCGAUGGUGUGAGAAGGAAGGUGCUUGCACUUCUUUGGGCAUACAUUGGACGUGUCGAUCUUGACGACAAGCCUCUUGAGAACGCCAAGUAUAUGGUCGCCCCUAUUGCUGUCGCUCUGGCACAAUCUUACAACGCCAUCGCUCUGGCCUACGGUAACACCAAGGCCAUUCUUUCUUCCUACACCACCACCCAACGACUUAUUCAGGCAAUACCCCCGAAGGCCUCACCUUUACUGCAACUGCCUCACUUCACUCCCGAGGUCGUCUCUGCUGCUGAAGGUGGCUCGAAAACACACCUGACUGUCCAACAGUUCAUGGAUCAACCCGACGCACAACGACGUGGUCUUGUCGUGGGCAAGGGUCUGCUUUCGGCCGAUCAGUACACGGAAGCCGUUCAUGUCGCCACUCAACUUCCCCGCCUUGCUGUUGCUAAGGCUUUCUUCAAGGUCACCGGCGAGAAGUACAUCAUUCCCUCGUCCUUGGUUAGCUUGGUUGUCAAGGGCCGUAUCAUCCCUCCUGGCAGCACGAAUGUACCUGCCAUCAAGGAGGCGGAUCUCGAGGACCCCGAUCCCGCGGAGGGUGACUUGAAGGCCUUGAAAAAGGAUGAGGAAGGCGACCGAGUUCUCCCACCCCUUACCUUCGCUCCUCGUUUUGCUCGUAACCACUCUCCCAGAUGGCAUAUCUUCUUGACAGAUAGCAAGCAAGGAAAGAUGGCAGUUCCCCCUUUCACAUUCACCACCUUCGACAAACCCAUCUUCGACGCCGACGGCAAGCCCACUUUCAACAUGCAAACUCUCAAGGCACAAUUCGCGGCACCUCCUGGACCUGGUCACUACACCUUCGUCAUGCACGUGAUUUGUGACGCAUAUGUUGGAUUCGACACCAAGCUCGAGGUCACUUUGGUGGUUGAUGACGCAGCUAAGGCUACCGAGGCUGCUGAGGAGGACGACAUCAGCGAACCAGAAGAAGAUUCGCUUGCAGGCCAGAUGAAUGUUCUCCGUGGAAAUGGAGCACCUACCAAGCCCAGAAAAGCAGCGGACUCGUCAGAAGAUGAGGAAAGUGGAACAGAUGAGGAAGAGGAUGAUACCGACGAAACCAACACCGACACGGAAGAUGAGUCGUGAGUUGAUGGUUGUAUAUUAAAUGGCUGCAUGGGAACACGGCGUCAGUGGCGUUAGCGGUGGAGCACCUGCUUCGGUAUUCCUCUUUGGUACCUGCAUAUGACAGGACAGUGAAAAUAGACGUUUUGGUAAUGAAUGCAUGGCCUAGCCUUGAAUUGAGCAUCGUAUGCCAUCGCAUGAUGCGACUUCAGUGAUGAAGGGAACCAACUGCACUGUCGUUCUGUUAUAGAUGGUAGACGACGUAGGUAUUCCAAUAAACGCAGCGUCCGGCGGUCCACCUAUUUUGACGAUAUGUGAAGUUCACAUGCCAGGCCCGUCUACCAAAAACAGGUUAUGCGCCAACUCGAAAGCGUGAAGAGGAUUGUACAAUAGUCCAGCUAACUAACCCUGUUUCCAGAAUGUCUAUAUGGCGGGAUAGAAUUCUUUCAAACAUUGGCGUGUUAGACAGAAC